GCCUAUAAGGCCGGAGAAAGUCCAUAACAAUCUCAAGCUUCUCGUUUCUCGCAGCACUGAGCUUCCACUUUUCCUUCAACAAAAUCAGAUCAAAAUUUUCAGAAUCGCCAUGGCCGGAGGAAUAGAAUUUCUACCCAAAGAAUAUGGAUACGUUCCUCUUGUUAUCGUCCUCUACAUCUUUCUCAAUUUCUAUAUGUCUGCCCAAGUUGGCUUAGCCCGCAAGAAGUACAAGGUUCCCUAUCCAACUUUGUAUGCUUCAGAAGCUGAAAAUAAGGAUGCUAAGCUUUUCAAUUGCAUUCAGAGGGGCCAUCAGAAUUCACUGGAAUCGAUGACGUUGUUCUUCGCAUUGAUGGUAUUAGGAGGGAUCAAGCACCCAAUCAUUAGUGCUGCCCUUGGAAUACUGUAUAUCGUUACUCGCUUCUUCUAUUUCAAAGGCUAUUCCACCGGUAUCCCUGAUAAUCGUCUCGGCGGCCUUGGGAAAUUUUGGCUGCUUGCAAUUUUCGGCCUAGUUUUCUGCACCGUCUCUUUUGGAGUCAGUCUUCUUCUGUCAUGAGCUGUGUGGCCUGAUUGAGAAUCGUCAUCCCUGCGGGCCUUUUGGGCGUCGGCGUUCUCUGUUGAUCACUUUUCUGUGCUGCUUUACUAAUUAGUGCUUACUAGUUUUCUUGUUUGGUUAGGUAUAGUAUUUUUCUUUCUUUGCUCUUUUUUUCGAGUAGAAACUUCGCGAAUGUGAUGUUGUCAAGAAUAAGAAUAGUUGAAUACGACUGAAUGUAUACUACUACCUUCCGUCAAAAGUCUAUACAAGUUGUCAUCUGCCUUUAUUCUUUAAGCA